CUAUGCGUCAUGACGUAACUCCCCACGACAUAUUUCCCAUCUUUAAAAACCACGGAGAACCGAGCCUUGCAAUCGUACGAUUUGUAUCUACAGGCGUUAGUAGUCUUGAUGCAAAGAAAUUACACAACUUACCGCUUGCCACGUGGUCCUGGACGUUUACGAUGAACGCAACGGUACAUGAUGUAACCGCAGCAUUCCCCAUCGGGAACCGGCUUCCUCCUUCCACGAUGGUAUGCCGCAGCAGACUUGGAAGAUGCACGGGAAAAACAAGUCGCCGUCGCAAUCUGAAAACGUUCCAACCGCUUCACAAGGUCCUCAACACUUUCAUACUUCCCAAUAACCAUAGACCUGAACAGCUCACUAUCAUCCACAACCAUGGCGAUAGCAGGAAAAACCAGUAUGGCGACCGAAAAAACAAAACAAACACUCGCACAUGCACCAAUACAGGGUAUCAUUUCUACAGCAUCGUAACUCAAAUACAAUGUCAUUUCCCAAGCCAUCUGAAACCUAGUUUACCAUUUUUACACAUUCAGCCACCUUGGCAAUGUCGCUACGCAACCGUUGCUAUGUACAAUUUGUACCACGGAACGUACCGAAACCACACAAGUUUUUCCGACCUCCGAUCACACAGUUCCACACUACAGCGUACGCAUUCGAAAUACUGUUCCUUCCGUGUAUCUUGGUUGCAACACGUUUAAACGAAUGCAAUUUCACAUUUGCACACAAUUGAAUAGAACUGCAAAGGCAGAAAGAGCCGGGAAUCAUGUCAUAAAAGGACUACAUUUCGUACGAGAUUUCACGAGGUAACGGUGCUGCGACUACGCCUCUCUGACGGAUCCUUGCUGAAGGACUUGGAUGACCAGUUUAAAAGCGAAAUUUGUCCUUUCACUGCAGCUUCAUUAAGUACACAGUGAAGGACUUUCUAUCGUGUCCAAUCAGAAAGCCAGGUGAAACGAUGGACGACAGACACACCAGCGGAGCAUGAAUGGUCACUGUGCGGCGUGGACGCACGCACCGCUGCGCUACGCGCGCACCUACCGCAGUGAGUCGUUCCCGAGUAGAUCUUUGACGAAUCGCACUCCAACUGGGCUUGAGAGGAAUCAGCUCCGUAAACGGCUCAAUUGCCUUAGGCGUCAGGUUUGCCGUUCAUCGGCAGCCAAUGAGAGUGGAAAACUUGUCGCUAGACUGCAUCAACCAAUCAGAUUGCAGUGACCCGAAUAAUCCGAUUACAGCAUACUAGCAGACUAUGUCGCUCCACUUACGCUCUGCGCAGCUGGCUGAAAUGCGUUGCAGGAUUCGUCCUGUCUAGGAACAUUUAUUUUUGGCAGAGAGCAUGCAUGGCCCGAGAAUUGGGCAUUACAGCAAUGUGCCAAGAGAGGGCGAACGCCCCGGCGGAAUAAUAAACACCGAAUGAAAGAAAAUUUUCAUGCAGUGUGGGCGGAACCACAUUGAUUUUCACCAUGUUUGUGUAAGUGUGUGUUACGAGUAAUUCGGCGAUGCACCGUGCAUGUAUAUGUCAUAUACUUUG